AUGGCAAUUCCACUCCUCGUCCCUCGCAUGAACCUCCAUGAUGCCAAGCUCGGAGGCUAUGACAUCCCAGCUGAGAGCAAGAUCCUGGUCAAUGCCUGGUGGCUUGCAAACAACCUGGCCCACUGGAAAAAGCCCGAAGAGUUCAGGCCCGAAAGGUUCUUUGAGGAGGAGUCCAAAGUUGAGGCCAAUGGAAAUGACUACAGGUACUUAACGUUUGGUGUGGGCCGUAGGAGCUGCCCAGGAAUUAUACUCGCGCUCCCGAUUCUUGGGAUUAUCAUUGGCCGCCUCGUGCAGAAUUUCGAGCUCCUUCCGCCACCUGGACUGUCGAAGAUCGACACGACUGAGAAGGGGGGGCAAUUUAGUCUGCAUAUAUUGAAACACUCGACGAUUGUUCUGAAGCCGAGGUCGAUUUGA